GAUACUGAGAAGGUCGUCUAUGAGAGAUAGAAUUGGGGGGAAGGGGGUGAUUAAGGGAUUUAGACGGGGUUGGCGGGCUAGUGAUGGCUGCCGGACACCCCCCCCCCCCUAGGGUCCGACACAACCACCUUCCAUUCCUAGUUCAGCUGUGAGAGAGAGAGCAACACCACUCGCCCGCCUGCCCUACAAACAGUCGACACUAGCCCGAGAGUUACAUGUUGGUUCGUGAAGGACUUUGUCCAGUGCUCUGCCCCACAGUGUCCAGGAGCCGGCCCCCACACCACACCCUGCACACAGCCAUCCACCACAGUCCGUUCUGCCCUCUCUACCCCGGCAGCAUCAUGGCCUCCAUCCCGCAGACGCUGCAGCUGACCAAGACCCAGCACCGCCAGCAGCGCAGAGGGCGUCUCAACCCCGAACAAGGCUCCUACUUCCAGAACGCAGAGCUAGAGCAACCCAUGCGGUACAGCAGCAAACUGAUGAACAGCAUCUGGGGUCAGUACAAUGAAAACUCUGUGCACAACUUCAAGUCGCUGCAGUGCGGAGGUGUGGCGGCCCCCGACACCCAGGAGACUCAGCAACAGCUGCAGGAUGCGCCUUCCACCACUAGGGAGGUGUUCCAACAGCGUCUGGGGGAACUGGGUACAGCGGUGGCCGCCAAUUUUAUGGACAACCUGCAUCAGUACUAGCAGCGCCGCGCCGCCUUUGCGUCACCACCACCACCACUACCACCAACCACUUACUAGUACUACUACCACCACCACUGCUACAACCACAGGCCUGUCCACAUCGCCUUACUUCCCCCCCCCCCCCUCACUCACUUUACUGCUACCUGCAACUUGAAUCGAUUGACUUGUGGUCUACAACACUUUCGUAGCUAAAUUACCUUUUAUUUUGCUCCCAUCUCAACAUUUGAUAAACCUCUGAGCCACUACCAGCAGCACAUCUUUAAACCAACACAAUAGUGCUAAUAUACCCAAUUGAUUAAUUAACACCGCAGCUCAGAUUAAUCCACCUGGCUUAAGAUGCGGUCGUACCUGACUGGGACACGAACCCGUAACCCUACCGGAUGAAAAAUAAAAGCCAGUGUGCCAUCAGCACCCGACUUACAGUUGCAGUUGAAGCCACAAUGACAGGUCAUGUACAUACGGGCAGAAGCCCCAUAUUGGUUCAGGCUUCAUACUCUGCCCUAUGAUGCCCAGCCUCCAGGAGGACAAAGACGUUUAUCAACAAAUGUUAUUACUCGAAGCCAAACAUUUUAACUAUCAAAUACUAAAGAAAAAAACGGAAAUGAAGAGGAAAAACUCGUUUUUCCUCUUCAUUUCGUUGCUAUGUAGUAAUUCAGUGCAUAAUAAGUCUGAUUUAUAGGUAAUUGGUUAGUGAUAAUAUUUGUUUCAAACCCAGAAAAAUUUCAACCACGAACAUUUGUCAAAGGCUGUUUUAAGCGUAAUGAAAUAUGUUGAUAGUGAUGAUUCUUGGAGCGGGCGGAGGCGCAGAAGCGCAGAGAUGCAGUUUAUAAUAUGGGUCUUCUGGUCGAGGUGGUCACCCUGCCAGCAGUGUGACCACACCCUAGGGAUGCACCGGAGGGACCAAGGCACCUAACUUAUCAGGGCUCAUCACCACCUAACCCAACACAAACCUGCCCUGAGCUAACAUGGGCUAAUGUAUGUCAGCCCUUUUUAGGUCUGGAUAGAUUGGGUUCGAUUUCUAAUGGAAUCCUAGCGUCACUGAGCUGUUUGCUGAGAUUCACUUAGAACAGAGGUGCUGUUCAGCUAUUCCUGGCCCUGAUCAGCCAUUCCUGGCUCUAAUUAUCCAUCUGGGGUCUUGAUCAGCCAAUCGUGGCCCUGAUAAUGGAUGGUUCCUUGUGCCCUCCCUCGCGGCAACGGCUCCACCACUCAGCUGAUGUAGAGAAUAUUGAAAAAUAAAAUAAAAAUAUAUAUAUUACGAAUAGAGCCAUGCGAAUAAUAUACCAAAAUAACGCUUAGUAGACUAUGUAUCAUCUUCCUGAUUGGUAUAUCCGAGCAAACAGAUCAGAAAAUAUGCUGAGUAUAGUUUCAAAAGUCAGGGAAGGGUGACACUCUACUUCAUUAGAAAACAACAGACUUUUCACUUAUAAAUGCCGAGAAACCGCAGGUGUCCUCAUUAUUACAGAAAUUAGCAACAUUUUUAGUCAAUACAUCUUUCAAUUCUUUAUAAAUCUGUUGUGAUUAUAUAUUUUUUAAGCCCGUUCGUAUAUUAAUUAGUUUCAGGUUAAUUCAAAGGAAGAGCUCCCUCUUUCCUGCCAAGGUUUAAAGUCUUCCACAUUAUCUCUUGCAAGAAUGUGUUGCAUUCUUAAUACAAGAAUGUGUUGCAUUCUUAAUACAUGGCUUAAUACAAGAAUGUGUAUUAAUACACAUUCUUAAUACAAGGCUACUUGUUAACUCUUGUGUAUUCAAUGUGUCUUGUGUCAGUGAACCAGGCUAGUUAGACGAUCAAGAAGCGCUAGUUAGACAAUCAAGAAGGGCUAGUUAGACGAUCAAGAAGCGCUAGUUAGACAAUCAAGAAGGGCUAGUUAGACAUCAAGAAGCGCUAGUUAGACAUCAAGAAGGGCUAAUACAAGUCUGUGUAUUCACAAGAGCCUAUGUAUACACAAGAGCCUAUGUAUACACAAGAGUCUAUGUAUACACAAGAGUCUAUGUAUACACAAGAGUCUAUGUAUACACAAGAGUCUAUGUAUACACAAGAGUCUAUGUAUACACAAGAGUCUAUGUAUACACAAGAGCCUAUGUAUACACAAGAGCCUAUGUAUACACAAGAGUCUAUGUAUACACAAGAGUCUAUGUA